UAAUCCCACUACCGUAACAGUUUUCAACUCCCUCUUCUUCCUCCCACCCCCACGCCACAUGCAACAAGCACUCCCAUACAUCAAUUUGCCUUUCACCACCACCUCUAACGGUGGCGCCACCACUACUGCUGUGGAGGUGCCAAAAUUGGUGGCGGAGAAUGCAGUGGUGAUUUUUGCUAGAAGUGGAUGUUGUAUGUGCCAUGUUGUGAAGCUUCUGCUACACGGGCAUGGAGUCAACCCCACUAUUUUUGACAUUGAUGAGCAAAAUGAAGCUUCCGUUACCGGAGAACUGUCUAAGAUUAUUGGUAUAGGCGAAGCAAAAGCCGCCGGCAGGCCGCAGUUUCCGGCGGUUUUUGUAGGCGGAAAAUUAUUUGGAGGGCUAGAAGAAGUCAUGGCUGCUCAUAUUUCCGGUGAAUUGGUGCCUAUGUUAAGAAAAGCCAGAGCUCUUUGGCUUUGACUGACUUUUUAAUUCAAGAAAUUCUGAUAAAGGGUUUCAAUAAAUUUUGCUUUAUUUUCUUUAUGUAACAUCUUUUGUUUCAAGAUUCGACAGUCAAUAGUUUGUAGAUAAACUUCUUGGCUUGGUUUUGUACAUGUUAAAAAGUUUCAUAUGAUUUCAUGUUUUAUA